AUAUUUGACGCGUCGUCCUCGUCUUCUCCGUCUCAUUUACGCUGAUUUUAUUCCUCCUCCUCCUACCUAUCUCAAAACUACAUACGUCUACUAUUUUCAUCAUGGGUUUGAAGGAGGAUUUCGAGGAGCACGCUGCGAAAGUGAAGACUCUCACCACGAGCCCGUCUAACGAAGACUUGCUCAUCCUCUACGCUCUCUACAAGCAAGCCACAGUCGGGCCAGUCACCACCAGUCGUCCUGGAAUGUUCAAUAUGAAGGAAAGAGCCAAGUGGGAUGCUUGGAAGGACGUUGAAGCCAAAUCAACGGACGAUGCCAUGAGUGACUAUAUCACUAAGGUCAAGCAACUCAUGGAAGCAGCUGCUUCAACUUGAUAUGUGAUUUCAUCCAAUCUGUCUUUCCUGCAGUUGUUUUAUCUUCAAGCUUCAAAUAACAUAGCAUAAGACUUGUUCUUGCUCUCGUGUUGUUUCUAUCAUUUUAUAAAUCUCCUCUACUUUGUUGUAACCUUCGUCUUGGUAUAAAACCCUCUGGCUUGAUCUCUUUUAACAAUGCUUGAUAUAUAAUUGUCUUAACGAUAUAA